AUGUCUUUCUCUCUGGCAUAUAUGGUUGAAAUGGGUCUCCGACAACGGGAGACCAUCGAACGCGAUGAAUGGAGCCUAUACUGUCAUUCAACUGUGUCGUCUCCGACUCUUAUUACAGCCAUCUUCGUCCUGUUCGUGGUGUCUACUAUGAUUAUUUUGGAAGGUAGGCUCGUCCCGAAGUAUACCGACCUUGGAUCUAGCUCAAAAGCUGUCCAAGUGUCUAUGGCAGUCAUCUUAUGGAAAAAUAAGAAAAGGCUGAAGCCAAUGGAGGCCAACGACACCCUUUCUUCGAUCUUCCCUGCAAGUCUCUUCUUCCGAUCCGUAACGUUUGCUAUAUACAUUUUUCUGGGUAUAGGAAUCAGUGCUUCUAUCCUUCCUAGUCAGACCGCUAAUUCUCCCAUUUGGAAGGUGACUUUGACUACACCAUCUAUUGUGAUGGCUUUGACAUUUGGGAUACAAAAAGAUAUGAUAGCGUUCUACUGGCACCCUAAGAGAAGUGGUGGUGUCGAAGAGGGAGGUUAGUUCGACGUUCUUAUAUCCGGGGCGUUGCCGUCAAGGAAGCUUCGACAUGAUGGUGUUGCAGGCUGGAAUGCAAAAUAUCAUUGUCAGGAGUCUGAUUUGUGUAUUCGUGUAUCUAUCAAGUUGGAUGUGUCAAUUUUAGAGCCGCC